AUGCUCCGCUCCACCAAGGGCGCCUCCAAGGCGCGGCGGGACCAGAUCAACGCCGAGAUCCGCGCCCUGCGCGACCUCCUGCCGCUGCCCGAGGGCGCCCGGCCGCGCCUCUCCUACCUGCACGUCAUGGCCCUCGCCUGCAUCUACACCCGCAAGGGCGCCUGCCUCCGUCCCGGCCCGGCACGGGGAGCACCCAUGGAGCUGCUGGGGGGACCGGAGCUGGCCGACCUGGUGGCAUCACUGCCCGGCUUCCUGCUGGCCGUCACCCGCGAGGGGAAGCUGGUCGGCGUCACCGACAAUGUCGCGCAGCACCUGGGGCACUCCAUGGUAGACCUGGUGGCACAGGGUGACAGCAUUUACGACCUGCUGGAUCCCGCCGACCACCCCCUGGUGCGACAUCAGCUCACUCUGCCCGGGCCCCCCCAGGCAGAGCGCCUCUUCCGCUGCCGUUUCACCACCUCGCGGGCCUCGCGCCGUCCCAGUGCCGGGCGGAAGCUGGUGCUGUUGCGGGGCCGGUUCCAGGCCCCCCCUGGCCCCCCCGGGGCUUCCCCAGGACUUUUCGUCGCCUUCUGUGCCCCCCUGGACCCCCCACCUUGGCCCUGCCCCGACUGCCUGCUGCUGCCUGCGUUCCAGAGCCGCCAUGCCCGUGACCUUGCCCUGCUCGACAUCUCCGACAGCGUCCUGAUCCACCUGGGCUACGGGCGUGGGGAGCUCCUGGGUCGCUCCUGGUACCGGCUCCUGCACCCCGAGGACCUUGGCCACGUCGCUCGCCAGCACCUCCGCCUCGCAGGAGCAGGGGCAGAGGCGCGGGGGGAGCUGGUGACGCGGCUGCAACGCAAGGACGGCCUGGGCUGGACGUGGGUCUACGCCCGACUGCGCCCUGAGGGCCCGGCCCUGCUCGCCCACAACUUUGUCAUCAGUGAGGCUGAAGCCUGGUGCCUGCGGCAGCAGCUGGCAGCUGAGGCCCCCCCGGGCCCCCCCGAGCCCUUCGGCCCAAGCCUUGACUUCCCUGGUGCUGCCAUCGGAGCUGGUGGGGACCUUGGUGUUGGCGCUGACCCCAGCAUUGGCCUCAGUGUUGGCCCCGGCAUUGGAUCCAGCGUUGACCUUGGUGUCGGAUCUGGGCUUGGAGAUGACAUUGGAGCUAAUGUUGGCGUCAACGUUGGCCUUGGCCUUGGGGUCAACGUUGGAUGUGGCCUCGGAGCUGAUGUUGGACAUGGUCUUGGAGCUGGCCUUGGGGCCACUGUUGACCCUGCUGUCGGAGCUGGUGUUGGACCUGGUCUUGGAGCCAACAUGGGACCUGGUCUUGAUGCCAACAUGGGACCUGCUCUCGGAGCUGCCAUCGGACAUGGUCUUGGAGGCAACGUUGGGGCCAACAUUGACCCUGCGCUGGAGUUGGCAUUGGCGUGGGAGCUGGCAUCAGAGUCGACGUUGGCCUCGGUGUGGCAGCUGGCACCGGCGCCGAUGUUGGCCCCAACCUUGGGGCUGAUAUUGGAGCUGCUCUUGGAGCUGGCACCGGAGAUGAUAUUGGAGCUGGUCUCCAAGCCAAUGGUGGAGCGGACACUGGCCCCAGUCUCGGAGCCGGCGUUGCGCUCAGUGUCGGGGCCAACAUUGGGCCUGGUCUUGGUGGCGGUGUCAGAGCCAGUGUUGGGCUCGGCAUUGGGGCUGUUGGUCCUGCUCUUCCAUCUGAUGUCGGCGCUGGCGUGGGACUCACCGUCGGUGCCAGCGUUGGAGCCAAUAUAG